GUUUGGGGCUGGAAGCGGAAGUGACGACAUCAGCGGAGCGCCUCUGUCUUUUCCGGCGCUUUCUCUGCGUUGCCAAACCAGUUUUCUUUCUGGUGGUCUUCGGACUUAAUACAGCUGUGGCGAGGCCGGAUAACCUUCAGGAAUCAGCGGCGGAAGUGGUGGUGAAAGUAGCAGUUUGGCCCAGGGCGCAGAGGGGUCACUUUAGAGAGGUCUUGCCCGCUCCGCUUGGUCCGCCGGGGCCGCCAGGUCCCAAAUGCCACUGGAGCUGUCACUGCGACCGCCCUGGGCCAGGAGCCCUUUCGAGAUCUGUCAUAAGGGAGCUUCCUCACGAUUUUUGCAAACACGGAGAUUGCCGCUUCAUCUUCCUCCAAAUCAAUCUUUGUGACUUUGUUUUUUCCUGAAACAACGAAUUUUUGCCGUUCGAGUUGAUUGUGGUCCUUAGUCCCCGCAUCUCCUGGACCUGGCGAUUCCGGCGCGUGCUGGCCUGUACCUCCCCACAGAGCUUCAAAAUGGGCGUAUAGGAAGAAAGAAUGGGGGCUUUGAAUUCACUUUUGGGCUCCUUCUACCUAAAUUAGUCCUUUGCUUCCCUGAAGGUACAUCCAGACGAAGAACUCUGUGUGACUCCUUAUAGACACUUACCUAUCUGGGGGUUGGGUUGAUACACUCCAUGACACCAUUAACCCUGGAUAAAGAGAAUGGAGGUUAAGUCUGUUCGUGUAGAUUCCUAAGCCGCUCUGGAGUGAUCCUUGGAAUAAAGGAAGGGCGCUUUGAAGCACAUUCAGCCGUCAGCCCUGCGGGAUGGCAGCCACUGAUUUGUCCUAUGGUCUUUACAGAGACCCAGUCUGCCUUCAAGAAAAGACAGAAGUAGAAAGGAUGGUGGCUGACUGUCUGACAAAUUGUUAUCAGGAUUCAGUGACCUUUGAUGAUCUGGCUGUGGACUUCACCCCAGAAGAAUGGACAUUACUGGACCCAACUCAGAGAAACCUCUACAGAGAUGUAAUGCUAGAGAACUACAAGAAUUUGGCCACAGUAGGAUGUCAGCUCUUCAAACCCAGUCUGAUCUCUUGGCUGGAACAAGAAGAGUCUAGGACAGUGCAGAGAGGUGAUUUCCAAGAAUGGAAAGUGCAACUUAAAACCAAACAGUCGGCCCUUCAGCAGGAUUUUUUUGGGGAGCCAACCUCUAGUGGGAUUCAAAUGACGGGAAGCCACAAUGUAGGGGAUGAUGUUAAGCAGUGUGGAGAUGUCUCCAGCGAACACUCAUGCCUUAACACACAUGUGAGAACUCAAAAUAGCAAGAGCUCAUUUCAGUGUCAUCAGUAUGGAGUAGACUUCCUUACCCUAUGCAAGAGAACCUCUUCCGGAGAGCACUGUUCUGUGUUUAAUCAGUGUAGAAAAGCCUUCAACCUGACUCCAGAUGUUGUUUAUCAGGGAACAUGCAUAGGGGAGAAAGCUUUUGAUUGCAGUGACUCUGGGAAAUCCUUCAUUAAUCAGUCACACCUUCAGGGACAUUUAAGAACUCACAAUGGAGAAAGUCCCCAUGAAUGGAAGGAAUGUGGGAGAGGCUUUAUUCACUCCACAGACCUUGCUGUGCAUAUACAAACUCGCAGUUCAGAAAAACCCUACAAAUGUAAGGAAUGUGGAAAGGGCUUUAGAUAUUCUGCAUACCUUAAUAUUCACAUGGGAACCCACACUGGAGACAUUCCCUAUGAAUGUAAGGAGUGUGGGAAAGCCUUCACUAGGUCUUGUCAGCUUACUCAGCACAGAAAAACUCACACUGGAGAGAAGCCUUAUAAAUGUAAGGAUUGUGGGAAAGCCUUCACUGUUUCCUCAUGCUUAAGUCAACAUAUCAAAAUUCAUGUGGGUGAGAAGCCUUAUGAAUGCAAGGAAUGUGGAACGGCCUUCACCAGAUCUUCUCAACUUACUGAACAUUUAAAAACUCACACUGCAGAGGACCCCUUUGAAUGUAAGACAUGUGGAAAAUCCUUUAGAAAUUCCUCAUGCCUCAGUGAUCACUUUCGAAUUCACACUGGAAUAAAACCCUAUAAAUGUAAGGACUGUGGGAAAGCCUUCACUCAGAACUCAGACCUUACCAAGCAUGCACGAACUCACAGUGGAGAGAGGCCCUACGAAUGCAAGGAAUGUGGGAAGGCCUUUGCCAGAUCCUCUCGCCUGAGUGAACAUGUAAGAACUCACACUGGAGAGAAGCCUUUUGAAUGUGUCAAAUGUGGGAAAGCCUUUGCUAUUUCUUCAAAUCUUAGUGGACAUUUGAGAAUUCACACCGGAGAGAAGCCGUUUGAGUGCCUGGAAUGUGGGAAGGCAUUUACACAUUCCUCUAGUCUUAAUAAUCACAUGCGGACCCACAGUACCAAAAAACCAUACACAUGUAUGGAAUGUGGCAAAGCCUUUAAGUUUCCCACGUGUGUGAACCUUCACAUGCGGAUCCACACUGGAGAAAAACCCUACGAAUGUAAACGGUGUGGGAAAUCCUUCAGUUACUCCAAUUCAUUUCAGUUACAUGAACGAACUCACACUGGGGAGAAACCCUAUGAAUGUAAGGAGUGUGGGAAAGCCUUCAGUUCUUCCAGUUCCUUUCGAAAUCAUGAAAAAAGGCAUGGAGAUGAGAAACUGUCAGGGUAAGGAAUGUGGGGAAACCUAAAGGUGUCCCUGUUCUCACUGAAUACAUGAAAACUCACCGGGAGAAACCCUAUGAAUGUAAAAAUGUGGAAGCAGCUUUGUAUCUCAGGUCUUCAUGAACACAUAUGAAUUCACAGUGGAGAAGACCCUGCGUCAGUAGGGAAUGUGGAAACUACUUCACUGAAUUCCCAAGCCUUACCAAACACAUCAGAAAUUUCACUGGAGAGAAACCCUAUGAAUGUAGAGAGUCUGGGAAUUGCUUUCUGAAUCUCACAAACCUUAAUGUGCAUAUGUGAACUCACAUUGGAGAGAAACUCUGCAAUUUAAAUGGUAUGGUCUGGACGAUGCCCCACUCCAUAUUUUUAAGCCCUAAGUCCUGGUUCCUUACAAUAUAACUCUUUGGAUGUAAGGUUUUUAAACAGGUGAGUAACUUCAAAUGAGGCUGUUAAGUUCGAUCCCUAAUCUAACAUCACUGAUGUCCCUAUGAGAGAAAGUGAAGGAAGGAUACACAUGGAGGAGACUGUGAACCCACCAGAAGGUGGCCAUCUGCAGGCCAAGGGCAGAGACCUGGAACGGAUGCUUUCAUUUUGGCCUCCAGAGGAAACCAACCCUGUCUUCACCUUGAUAUCGGACUUGCAGGCUCCACAACUGUGAGGCAAUAAAUUUCUCUUGGUGAAAUCA